GAGGCGCCACAUCCGGCCGCUGUCCCACCGUGCAUAAAGCCACCGCUGUCGCUAUCGCUGUCGUUGUGGGCGUAGAGCAGCAGCUCUGGCCUCUUCUUCGCAGCGAGAGCAGCUGCUCCAAUGCCCCAGGGUGGCCAUGAGCGCCCCACACUGGUGGGACCAGCUGCGGGCUGGCAGCUCGGAGGUGGACUGGUGCGAGGACAACUACACCAUCGUGCCUGCGAUUGCUGAGUUCUACAACACGAUCAGCAAUGUCUUGUUUUUCGUCUUACCACCCAUCUGCAUGUGCCUGUUUCGUCAGUAUGCAACAUGUUUCAACAGUGGCAUCUACCUGAUAUGGACUCUCUUAGUCGUAGUGGGAAUUGGAUCCGUCUACUUCCAUGCGACUCUGAGUUUCCUGGGCCAGAUGCUUGAUGAACUUGCCAUCCUUUGGGUUCUGAUGUGUGCUCUGGCCAUGUGGUUCCCUAGAAGGUAUCUACCAAAGAUCUUUCGGAAUGAUAGGGGAAGGUUCAAGGCUGUGGUCUGCGUCCUUUCUGCAGUUACAACAUGUCUGGCGUUUGUCAAGCCCGCCAUCAACAACAUCUCUCUGAUGACACUGGGGGUUCCUUGCACUGCACUGCUCAUCGCAGAGCUGAAGAGGUGUGACAAUGUGCGUGUCAUUAAGCUGGGCCUCUUCUCGGGCCUCUGGUGGACCCUUGCCCUCUUCUGCUGGAUCAGUGACCGAGCCUUCUGCGAGCUGCUGUCGUCCUUCCACUUUCCCUACCUGCACUGUGUGUGGCACAUCCUCAUCUGCCUGGCCGCCUACCUGGGCUGCGUGUGCUUCGCCUACUUUGAUGCUGCUUCCGAGAUCCCCGAGCAAGGUCCGGUCAUCAGGUUCUGGCCCAGCGAAAAAUGGGCCUUCAUCGGCGUGCCCUAUGUGUCCCUCCUCUGCGCCACCAAGAAAUCUGCAGUCAAGAUCACUUGAUGGAAAGGCGGGCUCCUCUGCUCAGCUGUCUAUUACCCGGACUCCACUGUCCCCAAGAUUGGAAACUGGAGGGCUGAGAGCACUGCGUCAGCGUGACUUUUAGAGGCCGUGGCUUGUUGGGCUGUGUCCUUUGUGGCGAUGGGGGGCUCGGUGCUGCGUAGAACCUCGCUUCCUGGAGAGUUUGCCGGGUCCAGAUCCCACCGUUCCUGGGGACAACAAUCCUGUGACAGAUUACACCCUCCAACGGUCUGAUGGAAGAUGCCAGAUUUUCAUUUGGGAAACCCAUCUUAAAACAAUAACCAGACAAAUGAAACGUGCACAAGGCUUGUGGCUUCGGAAGAUAGUUUUGCGCUGCGCUUGCAGCUCCCAAUCACCCAGGGUUGACGUGGCUUUGUGUAUCCUUUCACUUCUACCUCUGCUGAGAGAUGGAGACUUGACUUUGGAGGAGGGUAAACAAGAAAACCCCUCUAUGCCAAAAAACUACUCUCCACUUUAAGCCAUUCUUGAAGAUGACAGUUUUUAAAUGUUGACCUUGCUUGUCCUCUACCCCAGCCCAGUAGCCUCAGACGCACAGAGGAACAGCUGCGGUCCCUACACAGAUGCCCCUUUUCUCCUCUGCUUGACCUCUGUAACAUGCCAAAGGGCUUGUAGCAAUUGUGAUGUUGGGGCCGGGGGUGGUCCCAGCUCAAAAUUUGGAACAAACAUGAAGUUUUGGAAACCUGUGUUCAUUGGAAACCUCUUGUAUGCUAUCUGGAAAUUAUGCUCAUGAAUCUCCCCCAUCCCUUCUCUAAUUUUUGCUGUGGGAAUUACACUCCAUCCUCUCACAGCGUGAGGUGCUUCCUGUAGUUUCUUGGAGCAUUUGGUCACUCUUCUUAAGUACUGGCAGUAGCUACACUCUGGCUGCUUGGGACCUUGGCUGGUGCAGCAGGGUGCGUCUGUUGCCUUCUGAGUUUUUCUCACCUAAGUUGACAUGGGCUGCAAUUCAAUCUGCUCUUCACUGGGAUGGAUGGAAGACUCCAAACUCCCUCUAAGGUUUGAGGUGGGAAUGCAGGACCUCAGGGAUACUCGCAUUAACUCAGGCACUUUCUGCUUUGCAAUGUCCCAUUGUGAGGAAGGGCAGGCCGGCGUCCUUCUUGUGUGGACAGGAAGCAUGCCACUGCCCAUAUCUGAGAGCUGGGCAGCAGCUGUUUUGGCAUCUCCAGGAACUCUUCCUCUGGCCAGAAUUUGCACAGGAUCUAAGGUGAAAAGCCCAUUAAAGAACUGAAUUCAGAGUUUAAAAAUGAAUAACUUUUUCCUAUUUCUGUGGUUUUCAAAUUAUUUUAGCAGCAGAAGCCUGUUUGCAGUAAGAAAUCUUUAUGGAACCCUAAUGUGUGAGAUAGGUUGUAUUUUAUUAGCUUAAAUUUAUUUUAAGGUUAAACUUAUAGCAUUUCCUUAAAUUAUAUCAGGCAGUGACAUGCAAAUUAACAAUUUGCUGUUUUUCCAGGUAGAAACAUUUGGUAUUGAAUGAGUGUACCUGUUGCUAUAUUAUAGUGUAAAAAUAUUUUUUAAAAUGAUAUUUGAAUUAAAUAUUUCAGGGACCUCUAAUAUACCUCCUUGAGACCUAGGUGGUUCAUGAAACAGAAAUAGAAAACUGCUAAGUCCUUUGGGUUUCAAGUCUAGAAUUUUUAAAAGGGGAAUAUCAGACCGUUGUCUCUUCAGGUUGAUUUAGCAGGUAUGGAUUCUGGUUUCAUUCAUUCUGCAGGAUAAAAUGCUGUCAGUUAGGGGUUUGAUGUAUGUUAAGCCCAGCUGCCUUAGCGUGGAAGCACAGAUAAGGAGAAGCAGAGAGGAGAGUAGAUGUUAUCAGUGUGCGUGCCAGGUGUAACUUCUGUCUCGGUUCCUCAGCUAGGGGAGCAUCAUCCCCACAGUCUAGGAUGGACCAUUUCCUGCUGUCAGAUGCAGGACCUGUUCUUUGGGGAACACUACCUUCCAUUCCCAAGUCUUCAACCUUCUGGAAGUUUCUGGGUGUCCUUUGGAAAUAGGGAUAAAAUGUGACUGCUGGGAGUAAGGAAGCAUGUGUCCUGCCUCUCUGGGCGAUUCCCGUCUCUACCACAGACAAAUGACUGAGUUCACAUGUCAGAAGGAAUGCUUUUGAUAUGAAGAACACAAUGUCCUACUAGAAAUUGGUUUUAAUGAGAUGAGGGCUGAGAAAGGGGUGUGGAGUGGGGUAUAUUGUGGAGGACAAAACAUAAUUCUUCUGAACAGCAGUCACUAUAGCUUGCCAGUGUGGGAUGGCAAGUCAUGAGAGCAGGAAUACACUGGUCUUGUUUUAAGUCAUUCAUAUUUAUGUUUUAUAUAUAUAUAUUUAUAAUCUUUUAUAGCACUACAUGCUCUUUUGAAGAAAAUUGGGAUACUGUAAAAAAGUUAAAGUAAUCUAUUUCUACAGCUCAAACACAACCAUUGGCAAUAUUUUGAUAUAUUUCCUUCUUUUUUUUCCCUGUGACAGUUGUAAAUAUCUUUUAGAGCUGACAGUUUACCCUGUAGUUUGACUGGAAUGUAAGUGCCAGCUGUGUAUUUUUCACGAGGAGCAGGUUUGAAGGGCACUGGGGUCACCUGGACACUUGCGAGCUCACCACUGGAUGUGGCACUGACCGCCGAGUCUUCUCCAGUCGUCUGGCCUGGUGUGAACGGGCCUUAGAAAGAGUGUGCUGAAUUCUGCUUUUCAAUGUGCUUCUCCGCUCAGACUGACAAGUAAUAGGAAAUACUUGUUAAAUAUAUACCUCUACAGGUUUUAGUGUUUCCUGAUUUAAAAUAAGUGAAGGGCUCAUUUCAUUAAUGUGCAAUCAAGAAUCUCCCCCCCCCCCCCACACACACACACCCCAUUAAGGCAGGGAAGAGGAGAUUUGACAUUGGCAGUUUGGUUACGCCAGUCGCUCAGCAUGGCUGUCAGAUUUUUGUUCUGGUUAGAAUUUGCCCGAAAUCAAUAUCCAGAAGGAACUGGAGUUAACAUAACGAAAAACAAUGUUACCAAUGAAGUCAAUGAUUCUUGUUUAAUACUGUUCAAUUGAUUGUUGAUUUUCAGAAAAAGAAAUCUUUGCUCCUCUUUAUGAGUGUAGUACUAUUUAUUAUAAGAUGUACUUCAGUGAACAUAUUUAAGACGUGUGGGGUGCAGAUGCCUGAGUCUCUUGCUAACAAGCUCCAUUCUGGGGGAACUCAGCCUGUCCCUCUGAAGAGCCCCUAAAACGUUACUACACAUCACAGAGGCUCUGCUGGGGGACUAAAAGCCCGAUGGCGUCAGGCACAGCUGUGUGAAAACACCGUCCCCUGUUCUGUGCAUUGGGUUUCCUAGGUGUGUAAAAGCCUCUCUCACCAGUCCAUCGUGCUCAUGUGAGCCAACGCUGGCUCGGAGGCUCCGGGACCGGGUGUGCGCCCUCCCCCGGUGUGCGCCCUCCCUGGCUCUUUGGCCCUGGGGGCUGACGUGGAGCCGCCUGCGAGGGGCAGGUGAGGGCCGAAGCUUGCCUAGCCCGAGCCCCUCUCAGAGCUCCUUUUCCCCAAAAGGCCUUGGAACCUUUCACAGCCAGCUCUUUGCUUGGGUGCUGCCAUCCCAGUUGCCCAAAGGGAAGCCUCAGGCCAGGUUGGCAUCCUCUGGGGAUUUUAUAGAUUUUAUAGACAUCAUUCUUCUACAGACUUUUUUUUUUAAUGGCCCCUACUCUAAGGGACUACUUGUUUGAGUUAUGUCCUUUUCUAAAUAUUAAACCAGAUUUAAGAGUAUUUUAUAACCACAAUAUACAACUAUAGCAAAUAGAGCAUUUUCUGAUACAUUCCUUCUUCUGCACUCUGGGUGUGGGGUGUGGGGAGUAAUGGCGGUGUGCCUACUGGCUGUGGGAGCGUUUCAUCUCCAUUGCUUUGGGAGUAGUUUACGGCCUUUUGGAAUGGAGCUUUUUGCACUUUAUGCUCUUUCUGUGAACCAUGACAGCUAUGUUUGAUAUUAAAGCCAUAAAGGCAUUUUCUGUGAAUAAA